GCGCAGAACUUUUGAUUUUAUAAUUAAGACAGUGUUAGAUCAAAUCGGGUUUCUUGAACUGCGUGACAAUGCAAUUCUUUUAAAUAUGGAUACAAAACAUGUUUAUUGUGAUCAUUGUUAUCCUAUUGCUGCUUCUCUUUGUGGGCAAUCCAUUCAUUGAUGAAAAUAACAACAUCGGUUGACGCUGUCGUCAGCGUUCAUAUAUAUGCUCGUGAGCAAACUGGAAUAUAUUUAAGUAAAUGAUGAGGAAUAAAUAUUGGUUAACAGUUCUUAAGUGCCAGAGUGCUGGGUGCCACUUUCCGAUCAGAAAAAAUAAUAAUCUGUAUGAUCAAUAAAUGUGUGAGCUGUUGAUGCCAUCGUGCAGUUGAUUUGCACGCAGAGAAGAUGCCAAAACUUCUCUGGCGGAACAGAGACGCGACCGGCGGAGACACCAGCGCCCUCAGAAGACCUUCUCCCCCUCCUUCCCCUCCUGCAGGAGAUGCUUUCUCUUCACCGCCUCCCUUCAGCAAGCAACCCGGCCUCCUCAGCGGUGUUGGAAAGACCGUAGCUCGCUCAUCACGAUCGGGAUCACCCUUAGCUUCCUGGCCAAACAGUCAGCUCCUGCUCGCCAGAUCUUCGCCAGUUCACUCAUCUAUCCCAUUAAGUGUCCCAAAUAACUCUUUCAACGGCCACAUCGGAUUCCCACCGCAGGAACAGCUUACUAAUACCAUCAGCCACAGGAGAAAUUCUCGUCUGGAUAGGCUUUCCAUCACCGGUCCCAAUAACAGCUUUCCUCCGAGCAGUGGCCAUCUCAAGUUAAGCCAGUCACCCCCGCAGCACCGGCACAGUCUGCAUUUUUUCACCUCCCCCACGGGGGACGAACAGCUGCACGCGCCCAUCGGGUUCCUGCAUCGCGGCUUCAAUGGCGGCAACGCGACGGCUCCCUUCUACAAGUCGUCCAUCAGCACGCCCAGCCUGAUCAGCGAACACUUUGGCCCCAGCAUAGUUAACAACGAAAUAUUAUCGCAAACCUUCAAGAUACCACCUCGAGACAACAGUUUUGCUGGUAAUAAUAACCAUAACAGAGAAAACGCUUCGUUUCUGAAUAAAGGAGCUUUUCGGAGCUCUUCUCCUUUGGCAAACGCUCCACAUCUCGACUCGGACAUCAAUCACGUUGUGAACGAUUUGCAGAAUCACGAAGCACCGCAGCAUCUAGAAUUUGCUAACAGCGCGUUCAGUGAACUUCACAGUCGUAUCUCCCCAAACGGGGACAUUUUUGGGACAGAAGAGACAGCUGGGGACAUUGCCAAGAUGGCCGCGCAGAGGGACCAACUACGCGGGGGUCGUCACAUCAGAGGCAUGAUGGGGCCUGUGCAGGGGAAGGAGGAUGACAAAGUUGGGGGAAGAAAAUCCUUGAUCAGCAGAAGUCUCGGAGACGCGUUGGCCGAGAAAGACCCCAAUUCUUCACUCUCGUUAUCCGGAACUGGAGUGACCAGGCCAUUGCGAAGCCUCGUAGACUCUGGAGAGGCGCACGCAAAUUUAGGAACGACGAGCAAUAUUCAGACAAAUGGCCGCGAGUCGAACUACGAACGGGAUGGUAACAAGAAACUUCUCGCCGACAUGACUCGGGGUGACAUCAUGACUCAGUCUCUCCGCCGUCAGACCAAGAAGACGUCAAAGUCAAGUUUUGCGGACAUAGCAAAUAAAGCAACUUUUGAAAAGGAUUAUGGAAUGACUUUGCGUGGAGAUUCGCCUGAGAAAUUCUUAAUGUUUAAUCCAGACGACUCUGGCUUUUCCCUGUCGGAGAUCAGCAGCCGUUUUAAGGACACUAGGAGAAGUAAGAAGAGUUUACCUGAUAAACUACCGAGCAGUCGGGAGGACGUGCAAGUACUGAAUUUGCAAGGAUUCAUGGACUCUUCCAUGGUAUCAACGCCCAUGUCAAUUUCCUCGCCAAAUGCAAUAGAUAUCAAGAAAAAAAGCAAGCGAAGACGAUCAAAGAAAGGAGACGAUUUCAGCCGCGAACCAUCGCGCCGAGGACAUGGCAGCCGCCGUAAGCCGAGUAUCAGAUCCAAGAAUCGUGGAUACGAUGACGACGAUGAGGACGAAGUUGCCUUGCGGGAUCUUGACGAGCUGGACGACGAGAUGAGUGGUCUGGUGGCAGGCCCAAAACUGAGCUCCAGUGACCCAACGGGUGUACCGAUCACCAUGGAAGUUGCGAGUGGCUUACGGAAGAUGCUUACCGGAAAUCCAGCUUCUACAUUGCCAUUAGAGUGGAUGACCCAGAACUUCCAGGUCAAUCUAAAGCCAAAUUUGGCAUACGGACUUGUCCAAAAGAAGGGCGGACCGUGUGGAGUGCUCGCGUGCGUACAGGCGCACAUGAUGAAGUGCCUCAUGUUCGGCAGCUUCUGCUCGCCCUACACGAGCCCCGCCAGCCCACUCAGGCCCUCCAGCAGCGAGUGGGGCUGGGCCCUCACCGUAGCCCUCACUGAGAUCAUCUGGAGGGCUGGCGGAGGGGAGAGAGCCGUGCUCGCUCUGCCAAACAUGUUCGCCCAGUUCACGGAGCAUGGCGUGGGGCGGUACUCAAUGGACGGGGUGACCGAGACUCUGAGUCUGUUCACGUACACCACGCAGGCGCAGUUGCUGCUCAGUCUUGAGAAACAUUUAGGCGUCUUCACCAGACCUGACGCUCCUGCAUGUGUCCUGCUGCUCUACUCCGUCAUGUUGACGCGAGGGCUGGAGGCGAUGGCCGCGGACAUGGAUGCCGACAACGUGCACCUGAUCAACAGUCACGGCUACGCGUCUCAGGAGGUUGUCAACCUCUUGCUCACAGGCCACGCCUCCACCAAUACCUUCGAUGGGGACACUAUCAUAGGCGACACGAUAGCGCCGCCCCGCGCCAGCCUCGUGCAGGAGGACAUCAGCGCCAGCGUGGCCAGGCUGACGCUCCGGGGCGUCCAUCACCGCGCUGACGUCGGCCUCCUGUCGCUCUUCGAGCACUACGGCUCCUGUAAAGUGGGUCAUCACCUGAAGUCACCCCUGUACCCGGUGUGGGUGGUGUGCAGCGAGAGCCACUACACGUGUCUCUUCUGCCGCAACCCUGCCAUCACUUCCGACGACCCCCCCGACACCUCCUUCGAUAUGUACUACUACGACGGCCUCGCCCUGCAGGAGGACGAGAUCCGUCUCACCAUAAAGCUUGGAAGCGAUGAAGGCUGCAGCAGCACGACGCUAGUGCCGCCCCUGGAGCACUGCAUCAGGACCAAGUGGCCCUCUGCCACCGUCGACUGGCACAGCACUGACCCGCUCCUCUAGAAUAUCAUUUACAAAUUAUAUCUUUUUUCAGUAGGGAAUUCUGAGCGAAAUCGCCGUGAAACUCCACAGAUUUGCGUUGAUUUGAGUUCAAUAGUAUUAUUAGAGUCGUAUUUUAGAGCGAUUAAUGUUUAGAUGUUUAUGAACAAUAUACAUGACAACCUUUUUCGGAGAGUUUGUUGGUGGCAGAAUAUUUUUCGAAGUUUUUUUCGUUAUGUGACAAUCAACACAUUGGAAAUUUGAAAUAAAUCAUAAAUUAUGCAAUGUAUAUUUUUAACGUAAUUUUUGUUUGCAACUUUUGUUCCUUACACUUUAAUAUCUCUCAAUGGCAUCUUAUUGUAUGUAAUAUAUUCGAGAAAAUUGAUAGAAUAAGCGGCGUCGAUGAUACGGCCUCUGAUUGUUAUGACAAAUUUUGGUCCUGAUAUGCGUCCGUAGCGCAUAACUUGCAAGCGGCGAUUGAAUGCAUAACGUAGGCGUAAGUAUAGCUUGAAGUUCUUGUGAGAAAACUAAACCAAACACGAUCGUAAUGCUGGGCUACAAAAUGUGAGCUCUCGGCCUCCAUCUUUACUUAGAUGCUACAAAUAUUUUUUCAAGUGUUCGUGUACCAUUUAGUUUAGUUGCUUUCAAGCGACGUCGUGAUUUUUAUGACUCACUUCUUACCAUGACACACUUCUUACCAUGACUCACUUCUUACCAUGACACACUUCUUACCAUGACACACUUCUUACCAUGACACACUUCUUACCAUGACAUACUUCUUACCAUGACACACUUCUUACCAUGACACACUUUUUACCAUGACACACUUCUUACCAUGACACACUUCUUACCAUGACACGCUUCUUACCAUGACACACUUCUUACCAUGACUCACUUCUUACCAUGACACCAGGUGCGCCUGAAACCCUGACCUGUUAGCUGUACGUAAAUUUUGAGGAAAUUCCCACGUGAUUUCCGGUGUAAUUUUCAAAAGGUGUUUUUUUUACAGGAGUGAAAACGUUGUUUGUAAAAUCUCGCGACUUUUGAGUUAUAACAAAUAUUUGGAAGUAAAUUAGCGCGUGAGGGUAAAUAUGUAGUAGUGAAUCAUCGAGAAUAAUCACUGAACGUUGAAAGCUAAGUAAA